CUUGCAGUCAGCUGUAAAGUCAAGAAAAUUAAUUCAACUCAAGAAGAUUCAGAGGAGUCUGAUGGUGAUGACACUUUAUUUUGUGGUGCACUUACUAGUAAAGGGAAAAAUAAAUGGAUGGACUUUAUUAACAUCAAUGGAAAGAGCACAUAUUGUAAAAUUGAUACUGGCGCAGAAGUAAGUAUCAUGCCAACAAAAAUCUUCAAAGAACUUAAAUCUAGUGAGGCGCUCAGACCAACAAGUACCUUAGAAGCGUUUGAUGGUACAAAAGUCAAAGCCAUUGGAAAGAUCCGUCUCCAUUGCAAAUACAGGGAACGAGAGUGUUAUGAAGACUUCAGAGUUUUAGAUUGCAAGUCAAUGAUAUUAGGACUGCCAGGUUGUGAAGCUUUAAAACUAGUAAAGCGAAUUUACAGUGUUGAUGAAGCUGAAGAUGGGACUCUAAAAGAGGACUUUAUAAAAGAAAAUAUAGAUGUUUUCCAAGGUCAUGGACCAAAUUGAAGGCUACUUUGGAGAUAUACCAAACGUUAUAACUUGGUUUGAUGAUAUUUUAAUAAUGGGCGAGACAGAGGAAAUUCAUAAUGAAGCUGUGAGUAAAGUUUUGGCCAAGGCCAGGGAAAUUAGAGCAGUCUUCAAUAAAGAUAAACUACAAUAUAAACAAUCUGAGGUCAAGUAUGUAGGCCAAAUAUUUAAUGGAACGGGUAUGAGUGUAGACAAAGCAAGAGUUGAGUCACUAAUUAAAUUAAAAGAACCAACUAAUAAAGAUCAAUUACAACAAAUAAUUGGU